AAUGUUGGAGGUUACCACCGAUCUCCAUCUGCUGGUCAGCGUCAGUUGCAUUGCGAUCGCGAACGGGUCACCAUGGUAAACGUACGCUUGGUAGUACUUGCCGUGUGCUUUAUGGUGUCAAGCCAUCUCGACUCAUCUUCGGCACGACCACAGUUUUCGGGCAACUUAUUUCCGGCCAGCAUUGGAGUGAAGAACCCAAUAGGAGGAGUGUCGUUAGGUGUACCGUCAGGGUUUCCUUUUAACUUUGGAUGGGGACAGCAGCAAGUGCCACAGCAGCAAGUGCCACAACAGCAAGUGCCACAACAGCAAGUGCCUCAGCAGCAAGUGCCACAGCAGCAAGCCCCUCAACAGCAAGUCCUUCAACAGCAGCCAGUUCCUCAGCAAGCGCCACAACAGCAAUAUCCACAGCAGCAGCAGCCAGCUCCUCAACAACAAGUGCCACAACAGCAACCAACAGUCACCACUAAUGCUCCCAAUAGUGAAGGUUUAGAUUCUCGUUUCGAUGGAGAAUCUGCGUUGCCGGAAGAAUAUCCGUGUCAAAACGUUGAUACCUCGACUGGAGCGCCAAACGAAACCGGUAGUGAUGGUGACAGUGUGACGGAACAACCAUGCCUCGGCAUUGGAGGGGGCAAUAGGAUUAAUCCGAAACAGGCGGCAUUACUUUCACUGGUAGGAUAA